UAAUAACAUUUAGUUUUCGACGUGUCUUCAUCGAGACCGCGUGAACACCGCUCGCGCAAAAAAUAGCAUCAGUCUAUAUAAUCUGUGGGAUCGGCCACUGGGCACUGACAUUAAUUUUCGCGCCAAAAUGUGGGUCACUACGCGCCCUAUUUAAUUACGGAAAUAAAAAGUUUUAAUAUUUAUCGACUUAAUUCGGAGUGAAGUAAUACGUGAUGUCAUUAAUUUGCGUAAAAUAAAAAAUGGAAGUCGACCGUAUCCUUUAUAUUUUCGGAAGCUUUUCGCGGAAGAGACAGGAGAGAAGGAAAUCUUCGGAGCCUACCUCAAUAAGUGCUGGUAAUAGUCCACUCAAAUGUAAAGGCUCAAGACCUACAAGCCAAAAUGUUUCAAUUGCGGCCAGAACAUCAGCUUACGAGAAGAUUAAGGAUUGGGAAUGUGGAAUAUGCAAACGGGAGUUAGUGGAGCCAAGACUUCUGGGAUGUCUUCAUAGCUUCUGCACCAGAUGUCUCCAAGGUUUACACCAUGAAGGCGAAAAUCAAGUCUGGGAAGAUAUCGAUGGAGGGUCUAUUCACCAUGAUCCCGGCGGUUCAGGUGGUGGGUCAGCCGGUUCAGGUUACGAAAGUGAUUUUCACCACUCCGAUUCAGAAACGAGCCUUGAAAAAAUACGAAAGUAUGGAAUAAUUACUAGAAAGAUAUCAGGAAGAAGUUGUCAUUUCGUUCUGUGUCCGAUAUGUGGAUUUGAAACUCAACUGCCUCUGGGCGGGGUGUCCGCUCUGCCGCUCAACUAUGUGCUGCUGAGGAAGAUGGCGAACCAAGAGAGUGGGAACUCAGUAUUGUGUGAUCUCUGCUGCACGGAUAAUAAGGCAGAGAAUCGUUGUACUCAUUGUCUAGUGAGUGUCUGUAUGUCGUGUGGAGACAGGCACACGAAACAGAAGGGAAACGCGAACCAUUUCCUGCAACCACUUGGACCGAUCCUGAGGUUCUGCGGCCAACAUCCCAAGGCCGAGUUGAGCGUAUACUGCGCUACUUGCCAACAGGUAAUUUGCAGGGACUGCUGCCUGGUGUCGCACAGCGGGCACGCCGUGGCGAGCGCGGCCCGCGCCGCCGCCGAGCGCGCGCGUGCGCUGCGGGACGCGUGCGAGCGCGCGCGCCACGUGCCGGGGAACGUGGAGCGCGCCAACAGGAUCCUGGACGUGCAGGCCGCGGACGUCGACGAACAGGCGUCGCGAGUAGAGAACGAGAUCCGCGCGUGGUCGGAGGAGUACCGGCGCGCGGUGGAGGCGCACGCGCGCGCGCUGGGCGCCGCCGCCGUGCGCGCGCGCGCGCAGCACCGCCGCCGCGCGCGCCACCAGGCCGCGCUGCUGCACCUGCGCGCCGCGCACGCGCGACACGCCGUGCGCUUCGCCGAGGAGCUCCUCUCCGAAGGCAAGGAAGACGAGCUGCUCUCGCUCAGCGGGCCGGUCCUGCGGCGACUGGAGCGCCUGACGGAGCUGCAACCGCUGUCGGAGCCCCCGCGUUGCGAGCUGCGCUUCGCUCCCGCGGCCCCCGCCACCGACCAGCCCACGCUCGUGGGCCGACUGUUUACGCUGGCCGCAGAUCCCGAUCGAUGCGUGCUGGAAACGGACGGAUUACAAGAUCUUCAAGUGAACGUCCAGCACACGGUGAUAUUACACCUUCAGGAUAGAAGCGGAGAAAAAAUAUGGUACAGCGGCGAGAACGUGGCGGGCUACUUCCGGCGCCGCGACUCGAGCGCGCGGCCGGCCGGCGUGCGCGUGCGCGCGCGCCCCGACGGCGCCUGCGCGCUGCAGCUGGCCGCGCCCGCGCCCGGGCACUACCUGCUCGCCGUCACCGUCGACAGCGCGCCCAUCAAGGGCAGUCCGUUCUCGUGCAGCGCGCGUGCGUGCGCGGCGCACACGGGGCAGUUCCACUGCUGCGCCUUCUGCUCGUCGGGGGGGCGCCGGGACGCCGUGUGCGCCUGCGGGUCCUCCAUGGGCGCCGGGUACAAGGGCUGCGGGCACGGGCACGCGGGCUGGCCGGGCGCGCCGCACUGGUCGUGCUGCGGCCGCACGGCGCGCGCGCCGCCCUGCCCCGCGCGCGCGCCGCGCCCGCACGCGCUCUACCAGUUCUCGCUCUGA